CUGGAAAGUGUUUGUGGCAAAGGCAGCUUUUGCACUUGACCUGUGGUGCUCUCAGUUUGAGGUGGAUCUGUACCGAAACCAGUCAGCCUGCCAGACUCCCCUGGACCGGCAGUACUAUGAGGAGAUCCUGAAACUGGAGAAGGCUGGAGGUCGGAAGAACCAUCGCAUCUUCACCUACACUGAUCAUGACCGAUUCACCAACCUAGAGGAGCACUGUCAGAAGGUAACUGACUCAGAUCAUGAGGUGCCAUCGUAUCUGGCGGAGAGGAUGGCCAAUGUGAGGAGGAGAAGACAAGACCGUAGGCCGAUAGAAGCAAGUUCUCUGAAGUCAAAAAUCAUCACCUGGGAACCCUCAGAAGAAUUUAUAAAGAACAACCAUGUGAUUAAUACUCCUGUCCAGACCAUGUACAUCAUGGGAGACUUGGGACCUUAUGGGAAGCUCGGUCACAGGGAGUAUGAACAUGUUCUUUGCACAAUCAAGGUGGAUGGCAAUGGGGUGAUCACAGUGAAGCCUGACUUUACUGGCACCAAAGGAGGCUACCGGAUCGAGCUGGAUGGAGAGAAGCGAGAGGUGUGGAAGUACACCAUUGAGAAUGCGUCUGUCCAAGUGCAGCCAGAGGAGGAGGAACGCGAGCAGCGUGUGUUCAGAGACCUGUAUGGUCGGCACAAGGAAUACCUCAGUGGUCUCAUAGGCUCUGAAUUUGAAAUGACUCUUCCUGGCACACUGCGGCUUUUUGUGAAUGGAGAAAUAGUUUCAGCUCAAGGCUAUGAGUAUGACAACCUCUAUGUUCAUUUCUUCCUGGAGCUGCCUAACCACUGGUCAAGCCCUGCGUUCCAGCAGCUAUCAGGAGUGACACAAACCUGUGUCACCAAGACAGUGGACUGGGAUAACGUGGCAUACUUCUGCUACCCCUUCACUUUGGAGAUGUUUUUCACCCAAGGAGACGAAUCGGAAGAUAGUCUCCCGCAGUGGCCUGUUCUCUAUUUUGAGGUCCUGUCCCUGGAUUUCUGGCAGAGGUAUCGCGUUGAAGGAUAUGGUUCUUUGGUGCUGCCAACGUCUCCAGGUCUCCACAUGCUCACCAUCCCGACCUGGCGACCUGUGGAGCUGGGGACAGUCGCUGAGCUGAGGAGGUUUUUCAUUGGUGGAUCUCCUGAGCUGGAGGACAUAACCUACGCCAGGAUACCAUCAACCUUCAAGGGAGAGCGUCUGAGCCGCUUUGGUUUUCGCACAGAGACAACAGGGAGCGUCAUGUUCCGGCUCUACUGCCUGCAGCAAUCUAAAGCCUUUCUGGAAACCAGUGCCCUGAGGCAGCGCAUGCAGAGUGUGUUGGACCGGCUUGGAGGCUUCAGCCAGCAGAGCUCAGUCUACAGUGUUUUGGAGGCUUUCCAGAGGGCACGGCGACGGAUGCAGGAAGCACGCAAGAGCCUUCCUCAAGACCUCAUCAGCACCUCUGCCUCCACUGUGCACCAGUCGCAGGAUCUGUGA